AUGUUAGUAAAAGAACUAAGCUCCGAGACAAACCGUUCCAAGGAGUUCUCAUCACCGCUCAGGGAAGCUACGCCAAAAUGUGCUAAGCGACAAUGUAUCCGCGUCGAUGACAACAAACAUUUUUGUCAAGAUCGAGAGAAGGAUAGUGACGGGCCAAUGCGAACAUUGCGUCUGGAAUAUUGGGGCCGAUCACACGAGUGUCUCCAGCGCAAAUGGGCUCACAUGGAAGCAAUUGAUAAAUCAUUUGAUUCUAGGGAGGAGCUCAUUUUAGCUACGACGCUGAGCAAUGAAGAGUCAGUUCUGGAGCGAAACAUGUUUCCAUAUGACACACCUAGCGGCAUUGAACACUGGACACUUUGGAGUCGACACGAAAUGAAAGAGAUAGAGAUUGAACAAUUUGUGUGGAAUUGGCUUCGUAAGAAUGCCCUACAAGUGGACAGCUGGAACUAUGACGAAAACAUGUCGCGCUCAAUUGAUAUCUUCCACGUCCACGUUUAUUUGCUACGGCCAGUACUGCAAUCUUAG